AUGCCUGGCAUUCCCAGAUCAAGAGCCUGCCAGGACUGCAAGCGGAAAAAGAUCAAGUUAACUGAAGUCCAGUGUGAUCAGAAUUGGCCAGCCUGUGGGCAAUGUCUACGCUCCAAUCUGGCCUGCCAGGGGCCGACAUCUCUCGCCAAGUUUGUCCACCGAACCGCUCCUCCAGUUCAACGGAGGACACGGCUCGAAUCACCUGAGCCACAGUCCCAAAAUCAUCGCACCAAGUAUGCCAAGCUCGUCCAGCGCGGCCAAGGACCAACUUUCGAGAAUGGAACCUCCAUAUCGAUUAUGCGCCUCCAGGCACCCCGCGCGAGCCCGCCUUCCACUUCAGCUGAGAGACUUGCUAUCAAGCUCAAUAUGCUUCUAAGGGAUGGACUCGAUAACGGAGUCUGUAGACUGAUGAGCUACCUACCGCAUGUUCGGCAGCGACUGGGACAUAGCACCUGUCUACGAGACUGCACAGCAGUAUUUUGCUCCGCGUGGGCAGACUAUCGUCGCCGGGCGCCCGCGGAGAGCUUAAUCUCCCUAAAGCUUUUUGGAAAGGCACUCAGAAGUCUUGGGAAGGCCGUUCAGGACAAUAAGAUGGCGUUCACUGCGGAGACUUUGGGUGCAAUGGCGCUUCUGGAGCGUACCGAGAGUUUAUUCGGCGUUGGCCCUGUCAAACACCUGGUUAAGCAUUUAAACGGCAUCAAAUAUGUGCUUCAACACAAAGGUCCGCCGAAUCUGGAUGAUGGACUUGAUGUUUUGUUGACUUUCGAAAACCAAGGCGCCCUGUUUGCAUUAUCAUUGACAGGCGAUGAGAACUACAUGCUGAAAGAAAAUUGGGAAAAGAUCGCAGAAAAAGCCGCCCGAGAGAAGGAGAUAGCUCGUGGACAGGAAUGCUUUCCCGCUGACUUUGAUAUGGGGCAGGGGGUCGUAGCGAAAUGGCCGGAUUGGGUCCAGAUAACCAAGUCCCUCCGGACAAACCCUGGUAAGAUGGAGAGCAAAAAGCUAGAGCUCCUUAAUAAACUACACAGCUUGGACGGGGAGAUGGAUGUAUUGAUGGCCGGAGUGACUGAGAAGGCGACUUCUCUGGGGUUUCUGCGCGAGAUUCCCGACGCAGAGCUCUUCGCUCUGAGCAAGUAUGAAUUCGGAUCACUCUUUUUCGCACAGGCGUUUGCGGGAACACUUCUUCUUCAAAUGGUCAUCCGACGAUUCAUUUAUGACAUUGGGGUUAUAUACGACUCUCCAGAAGCGUUUGCAUUUUCCCGGUACCGAGACAUCUGUGUUCAGUUAUGGAUGAUCCUCCCAUACAUGACUACCCAAGACCCGCUUUCUGCGAUGGAUUUACUUAACAGAGUUUAUCUCAGUAUUGAAGCAGCAGAUGAGUAUGAGAAAAAUUGUUUUCUUGAAGCUUUUUUGGCACUCGAUGAGUAUCAGAAGCGGCUCCCAGCGGAUAAGACGCAACUAGACAAGUCUCUCCGAAGCAUGGCGGCAGGCCGUUUUGGGCGAGCCAUGCAGCAACAUGCAUAA